GCUCCCGUCCCAAGCUCCCUCAACGGCCUCACUACUCACUACUCAGUCGUCAUCACCACCUACACUCUUCUUCCUCUUCCAUCUUCUUCUUCAGAACCAAGUGCGUCACCCGAUCGAUCGCGCAGAGGAAGAAGAAGAAGAGGAGCCAGGCCGCAGGCGGUGGCGGAGUCCCUCCCGCAGACUCCUCUCGAGACUCGACUCCAUAUCAAGGAACUCGCCACCAACAGUCAACAGACACCGGGGUUUGGAGCACAAGCGGGAGGUGGAGGGAACUGCUGACGGUCCAUCCAUAUCCAUCUCGAGGGAACUGGAGGAAACAAAAAGUCGGUGGAAAGAGCCAGACCACAAGCAUGGCUAAGACAGAAGACGUGGUAUUGGAUAUUGAAGGUCUGCCUCAACAACCUGAUAAAUGCUCCACUGGAAGUCCAAAAAUGACAAGAGCCCUAUCCCGUAAGGGUUCUAAUCGCACCGAGAGGAGGAGCGGUGAAGAUCAGGAGCCAGAUGACUUGGCAAAAAAACUUAUUAUUAAAGUUGUGCCGUCUCAAUUGGAGCAGCUCAAGUUGCCCCUUGUUCAGAACAAAACUCUGGUUGCUCCACAAUGCGCUGGCUGCACACCUGUUGUAACCGACUCCGUUGAAAUAAGGAGCAAAAGAUUUAAUCGAUUCACAUCGUUCCAUCCCCGGAAAAUCCUCCUCUUCUUCGCAACUUUGUCGAGCGUCGGGACGAUGAUACUGAUAUACUUCACGCUCGCCAUCAACAACAGAACAGAAGCGUAGCCAUCGUUGUGCGGAGAGGAGUCGGAACUCGGAAACGGUCACUUUUGGGUCGGCAGGCAGUACAUUCCAUAGCUAGGAUUCUGGUUUUAGUCUUUUUCUUUCCAGGUUUUUGUUUUGGUGGGGGUGAAAGAAUGAAGCAGCAGCAAUGAUCUAGAAACAAGCAGCCAUGCAUACCCCCCUGAAUUCUUCCGUUUCUGGGUUAACAGAAAAAUGUUGUUGCGAUCUUAGUGAUGAGAGUUAUAUAUAAGAAACCUAUGUAUACUUGUUGUUGUUA